AUGUUUGUGUGGAACGGCAGAACCAGGACAGGUAAGACUGUUCUCCAUCCGUCUUCGGCCUGCUGUGGCUGCUUCCUCCUGCUUCCUGCUUCCUGCUUCCUGCUCCGGCUCCAGCCCCGGUCCUCAGAGGGGACAGCCACAGGCGGCGAACACAGAUAACCGAGAGAGGACAGACCUGGACCGUGGAAGGAAAAUGGAGGGAAAGCAACUGCAAGAUAACAAAAAAGCCAAGAGUGAAAGUAUAAAAAUACAAAAGCAACUGACCAGUGAAUUAACUGAGGACAUCGAAGAACUGUGGGAGGAGACACAACAACAGAGAGACGAAAUCCAACGCCUGAAGAUACAGACGCACCAGCAGCAGCAGCAGAUUGACAGGCUGACGACAGAAAAACAUGAGCAACACUCACUGAUACAGAGACUGAAGCUGGAGAUCCAGAAGACCACCGAAGAGCUCCAAGAACACAAAUGUGUGGCCAAUCAAGAAAAAACACAAGCUUCAAGAAUUCAGGCGGAAAUACAGGGAGAGAGGGAGAGACGAGACCGAGUUCUUCAUCCCACCACCAGCGAGAGGCGCCGGUUAGAGACGGUCCGGUAUGAGACGGGAACAUCCCGGACGAGGCAGACCGAGAGGCGGCAGGCGGAGACGGACCGGCUGCUCUCUGCAGGUCUCAUCCUGAUGGGUCGAAACAAAAACGUCAUGCUUCAAAUCAAGAACAUGAAUGAACUGACAGAAACAACGAUAGUCAACCUGCAGCGAGAAAUAAAGAGGAAUCAAAGAGAUAUUUUGCAGCACAGAGAUCUCAUCCGGCGCAUGAAAGAAACCCUGAACCUGAAGCUACGAAGCGCCGAGCAGAGGCGGGAGAAUGCUUCUGAAGAUGAGAGUCAGGAAGCCGCAGAGAUCCGCAGGAGACAGGCAGAAGAGAAAGCUUCAGCUACAGUCAACAACGUGAAGCUGAAACUCAGGAGACUGCAGGAAGAGAUGGAGACACUGUGGGACGUCCUGGACGACACAGAGCAGAAGAAGUUAGAGGACGUCCAAUCUGAAAGAGCUGCAAUAGAAAGAAUGAGAAUCCACCUCCAGACUGAGAAAGACGAGCUGGAGAGAGACAGGCGGCAGGCCGAGGACCAGCUGGAAGACGCCAAGAGGAAGAUCAGAGACAUGGAGGUGAUCAGCAGUGAGAUUGAAAUGAAGAAAAAAGAACUGAACAAAAUGAUUCGAAAGAGCCAGAGGAAAAGGCAAGAGACUGGAAAGAUGAACAAACACACCGGACGAGGACAGCAGACAGAGAGAUGGACAGAGAGCAGCCCGGAGGACACGUUCCAGGACGUCCACGACGGAGGAGAAGAGCAGAGCGAAGCGAUGAGAAGAAAGAGGGCAGAGCCGAGGGAAGAGAAGAGCCGGGAAUCAGAGGUGGAGAAGAGGAGCUCAGAAGCAGAGCUGCAGCAGGUGGAGCGCCGGCUGGACGACACCAUGACCUCCAUCCAGACCCUGGCCCACAUGAAGAGCAGCGUGGAGCGAGCCGCCGCCGAGAUCCGCUGGACCCAGGACGGAACGCUGAGAACCCGGGAGAACGUGGCCACCAACAGGGAGCACAUCAGGAAGUGCAAGGACAAGCUGGUUUCCAUCAAAACAUGGGUCAAACAAUGGAGGCUGACAGAGACUGGAUUCAAAAAUACUUUUUCACCAAGUACAUCCAAAGAGAUGGAAACACAUCAAGAGUCUUCUGAGAGUCACGCUCUGGAAGGUCCACCGACUGCUGGCCAUCAAACAGAGGUCAUGAUGAACGCCAGCGAGACAGAAGAAGUGCAACGGCAGAUAUCCAAACUCAAGGAGCAGGAGGAGAAGAUGAAACAUCAAAUACAGUACGCUAUGAAGAACAUGCAGGAAAAACAUCACGAGAUCAAAAUGUUCAUCACAGAAAUCAAUCACCUGCAGAGUCAGACGCCGAUCCGUGAAAUCCCAGUGUGGGUAACUGAAAAUGUGGCAGAAGCAGGGACCGAGCAGGACAAGGAGAAACCACUACGGCCAAGCGAAGAGUCCUCAAAGACAGAGGUGGACGGAGGGACACCAAGCACUGACAUGCAAAGAGUGAUGGAGGAGGUUCACACCACGCAGCAAAUCAUUAAAUCACUCAACCUGGAACUAGAGAAUGAAGCUGGAGUCAGCUUCUCUGGUGCAGAGCGACAGAAAGAUGAUGGGGAAAUACAAGGAUUUCUACACGACAUGAAGCACUUCCAGGAGCUGCUGAGGGGGGUGCAGCUCUCUUUACAAGAAGAGUCCAAAAACAUGAAAUCCAACAGAACUGCUGAGAGAAGAAAGGAAAGAAAACUAGAUCGGAGGUUAGAAAGAACUUUGAGAGAAAGAGACGAAUUAGAAAUCCUUAGAAUGAAAACACAAGCACAGAUUCAGGAUGUUCAAGAAAAAUUUGAAAAAAUGGCAAGAUUCAAAAGCACAAUGGAGAAAAUGACGGCAAAGAUAGGGAAAAUGAGCGAAGACAUGCAUUUCAGUGUGAAGGAGAGCGAAAUGAGACUGAACCAGCUGGAGGACAUCGCACGUUUAGUCACAAUCACAAAACACAAGAUGGAGAAGAGCUCGGACGUCCUAAAGAUGGAGAGGAGAGCUGAGCUGAGCCAAUACCAGAGCCGAGGAGAGAGCCACCAAGGGGCAACCACAAGGACAGACCACGAAACCACCACUCUGGGACUUCAACCUGGUUUCAAAUCUCCCAAGGAGGUCAAACCGACCGCGCAACGUGAGGACCAGACAAACCAAGACAGCCAGCAAAUCCCCCAGCCAGCGGGUGAAAAGGACCAACUACUGUCAGAAGACAGGGUGAAAGAGCUGGUGAAGACUGACAGCUCAACAGACACGAGACUGCUGAUUUCAGAAGCAGAGAAGCAGCAGCUGAGCCUUCUGAAGGAGGAUAUCGAAAGACAGCAGCUAGAGCUGAACAACACAAUGCAAAUACACAAAAGACAAAUGAAAGAAAUUGAGCUGCUGAACUCUGAGAUGGAGAGAAAGAGGAAAGACGGUGAGCAGAUUUUCAGAAAAAGCAUGAGGAAGAAAGCUGAGUGUGAAGAAAUGCUACAUGAAAUACAGCAGGAGAAGAAAACACUGAGAAAGGAAACCAGGAAAAGAAAAAGACAACUGGAGCAAAGACUGGCGAAAACUAUGAGGGAGAGGGAUGAGUUAGAGGUGCUGAGAAUAAAACUGAAGCGAGAACGAGAGGAGCUGGCUGUGGAGAAGAAACAAAUCAAAGAAUGGAAGAUUCGAACGGAACAACAGCAUCCAGAAACACAACCUGUGGAACGCUUCGGCAAGGAAGAUGAUGUGUUCCUGCACAGGUCGAAAAUCAAUGAUUCCAUCAUUUACCUUCAAAACAUCGAAGAGGAAAUACACGGGCAUUUAGAAACCAUGAGGAAGGAAGUGACUGUAUUUGAAAAUGUGAAUGUUUCUUUAGGGAGACAAAGAGAAGGUCUCAAAGCAAUGGCAACUGAAAAGACUGAAGUAAAGAACAAACUGAGCAAGACUGUGUCUGCUCUAAAGCAGUGGAAAGGAGAAAUACGACAGCAACAACAGGAGCUGCAGUCCACAUCACAAAGAGCUGAUCAGGAAAGGAGAAUGGUGGAGGUGAUGAAAUCUGAGCUGGAGCAAAAGAGAAGGGAAAAUAAAAUGAUAAUUCGAAUAAGCCUUAAAAAUGAGAGAGCAGUGAAAAAGACCUGGAAUGCUGUUCAACAGGAAAAACGUGCAUUCAGGAGGAAAAUACAGAAAAAGAUGAAAGAGGUCGAUCAGCGGCUCGAGAAGAUCAUGAAAGAAAGAGAUGAACUAGAGAUAAUGUUUCUGAAGCUGCAGAGAGAAAAGGAUGGAGAUCAAAUGGGCUCAUGGAACAUGCAAGAUGUACAAGGAAGACAAGGAGGGGCUGCUGGAGGGAAGACCGAGGCAACCGCAAAGAGAGAAUUACAGCAAAACAAUGGGAAGGACAACAUGGAAGGACAUCAAGCAGAGACAUUGGAACCCAAAUAUAAUCAAGAAAAAAGAAAACAUGACCGAGAAAGUCAAAGUGACAAAGAACUAUAUACUCAUAAAGGGAGCCUCUGGGAAGAUUUGGCAAAUGUCUCCUCAAGGAUUUUGACCGAAGGAGACGAUGCAACCAGUCAAAGGACACAACAGGUUGACUUGGAAAAGCAAGAUCUAGAGAUGCAAAGAGAACAGCUUGAACAAGACAAACUAAAUCUGGAUCAAAUGGCUGACAGGAUGAAGAAAGACAAACAGGACAUGGAGGUACUGAUGGAUGACAUCCACAAGCAAACUGUCUUGAUGGAACAAGAAAAAGAAGAGAUCAAAGAGGAAAAGGACCAGAUGGAAAAGACAAGAAGUGAGCUCCAAACAAAGACAGAACAUGUCAACAGUUUGUUGGAUGAGAUCAACAGGGAGAAAGCUACCCUCAAGGAGCUGUCCCUCCAGGUUCAAUCAGAACGACAAAGACUUGAUGCUGUGGUGAAGGAGAUUUUCUUGAAAGAAAAAGCGCUGGAUGAUCAGCUCAGGGAGGCCAGCAGACAGACCCAAGAGCUGCAAACCAUGAAGAACAAGGUGCUUGCAGAAAGAGAUGAACUCCAAACUCUGAGGAACAAUGUUGCCUGGAAGAACCAAGAGGCGGAAGCUGCCCAGAAAGCCAUCAAUGAAGAGAAAGAAGAGCUGAGCCAGAAGAAAUCUGACAUUGAUCAAGAAAUACAAAAGCUUCUGAAUGACAGAGACCAACUGGAAGAACAAGGAGCUGAGCUCCAGAGGAGAGAGAAUCAAGUCAGGAAUGAAAUGCAGUCAGUCCAGACGAUGAUAUUGACACUACAGCGUCUGGGCAAGAAGACAUUGGAGGAUGUGAAGAAGAAAAUGGACAAUUUGAACCAGGACAUGGACAAAACUUUACGUUUGCAGAAUGAAUUGGAACAACAGAUCGCAGAUGCUGAUGGCAAGAAAAUACUUGUGGAGAACUACAAUGAAAUCAUAAAGAGCCUCUGGGAAGAUUUGGCAAAUGUCUCCUCAAGGAUUUUGACCGAAGGAGACGAUGCAACCAGUCAAAGGACACAACAGGUUGACUUGGAAAAGCAAGAUCUAGAGAUGCAAAGAGUACAGCUUGAACAAGACAGACUAAAUCUGGAUCAAAUGGCUGACAGGAUGAAGAAAGACAAACAGGACAUGGAGGUACUGAUGGAUGACAUCCACAAGCAAACUGUCUUGAUGGAACAAGAGAAAGAAGAGAUCAAAGAUCAAAAGGACCAGAUGGAAAAGACAAGAAGUGAGCUCCAAACAAAGACAGAACAUGUCAACAGUUUGUUGGAUGAGAUCAACAGGGAGAAAGCUACCCUCAAGGAGCUGUCCCUCCAGGUUCAAUCAGAACGACAAAGACUUGAUGCUGUGGUGAAGGAGAUUUUCUUGAAAGAAAAAGCGCUGGAUGAUCAGCUCAGGGAGGCCAGCAGACAGACCCAAGAGCUGCAAACCAUGAAGAACAAGGUGCUUGCAGAAAGAGAUGAACUCCAAACUCUGAGGAACAAUGUUGCCUGGAAGAACCAAGAGGCGGAAGCUGCCCAGAAAGCCAUCAAUGAAGAGAAAGAAGAGCUGAGCCAGAAGAAAUCUGACAUUGAUCAAGAAAUACAAAAGCUUCUGAAUGACAGAGACCAACUGGAAGAACAAGGAGCUGAGCUCCAGAGGAGAGAGAAUCAAGUCAGGAAUGAAAUGCAGUCAGUCCAGACGAUGAUAUUGACACUUCAGCGUCUGGGCAAGAAGACAUUGGAGGAUGUGAAGAAGAAAAUGGACAAUUUGAACCAGGACAUGGACAAAACUUUACGUUUGCAGAAUGAAUUGGAACAACAGAUUGCAGAUGCUGAUGGCAAGAAAAUACUUGUGGAGAACUACAAUGAAAUCAUAAAGAGCCUCUGGGAAGAUUUGGCAAAUGUCUCCUCAAGGAUUUUGACCGAAGGAGACGAUGCAACCAGUCAAAGGACACAACAGGUUGACUUGGAAAAGCAAGAUCUAGAGAUGCAAAGAGUACAGCUUGAACAAGACAGACUAAAUCUGGAUCAAAUGGCUGACAGGAUGAAGAAAGACAAACAGGACAUGGAGGUACUGAUGGAUGACAUCCACAAGCAAACUGUCUUGAUGGAACAAGAAAAAGAAGAGAUCAAAGAGGAAAAGGACCAGAUGGAAAAGACAAGAAGUGAGCUCCAAACAAAGACAGAACAUGUCAACAGUUUGUUGGAUGAGAUCAACAGGGAGAAAGCUACCCUCAAGGAGCUGUCCCUCCAGGUUCAAUCAGAACGACAAAGACUUGAUGCUGUGGUGAAGGAGAUUUUCUUGAAAGAAAAAGCGCUGGAUGAUCAGCUCAGGGAGGCCAGCAGACAGACCCAAGAGCUGCAAACCAUGAAGAACAAGGUGCUUGCAGAAAGAGAUGAACUCCAAACUCUGAGGAACAAUGUUGCCUGGAAGAACCAAGAGGCGGAAGCUGCCCAGAAAGCCAUCAAUGAAGAGAAAGAAGAGCUGAGCCAGAAGAAAUCUGACAUUGAUCAAGAAAUACAAAAGCUUCUGAAUGACAGAGACCAACUGGAAGAACAAGGAGCUGAGCUCCAGAGGAGAGAGAAUCAAGUCAGGAAUGAAAUGCAGUCAGUCCAGACGAUGAUAUUGACACUUCAGCGUCUGGGCAAGAAGACAUUGGAGGAUGUGAAGAAGAAAAUGGACAAUUUGAACCAGGACAUGGACAAAACUUUAUGUUUGCAGAAUGAAUUGGAACAACAGAUCGCAGAUGCUGAUGGCAAGAAAAUACUUGUGGAGAACUACAAUGAAAUCAUAAAGAGCCUCUGGGAAGAUUUGGCAAAUGUCUCCUCAAGGAUUUUGACCGAAGGAGACGAUGCAACCAGUCAAAGGACACAACAGGUUGACUUGGAAAAGCAAGAUCUAGAGAUGCAAAGAGUACAGCUUGAACAAGACAGACUAAAUCUGGAUCAAAUGGCUGACAGGAUGAAGAAAGACAAACAGGACAUGGAGGUACUGAUGGAUGACAUCCACAAGCAAACUGUCUUGAUGGAACAAGAGAAAGAAGAGAUCAAAGAGGAAAAGGACCAGAUGGAAAAGACAAGAAGUGAGCUCCAAACAAAGACAGAACAUGUCAACAGUUUGUUGGAUGAGAUCAACAGGGAGAAAGCUACCCUCAAGGAGCUGUCCCUCCAGGUUCAAUCAGAACGACAAAGACUUGAUGCUGUGGUGAAGGAGAUUUUCUUGAAAGAAAAAGCGCUGGAUGAUCAGCUCAGGGAGGCCAGCAGACAGACCCAAGAGCUGCAAACCAUGAAGAACAAGGUGCUUGCAGAAAGAGAUGAACUCCAAACUCUGAGGAACAAUGUUGCCUGGAAGAACCAAGAGGCGGAAGCUGCCCAGAAAGCCAUCAAUGAAGAGAAAGAAGAGCUGAGCCAGAAGAAAUCUGACAUUGAUCAAGAAAUACAAAAGCUUCUGAAUGACAGAGACCAACUGGAAGAACAAGGAGCUGAGCUCCAGAGGAGAGAGAAUCAAGUCAGGAAUGAAAUGCAGUCAGUCCAGACGAUGAUAUUGACACUACAGCGUCUGGGCAAGAAGACAUUGGAGGAUGUGAAGAAGAAAAUGGACAAUUUGAACCAGGACAUGGACAAAACUUUACGUUUGCAGAAUGAAUUGGAACAACAGAUUGCAGAUGCUGAUGGCAAGAAAAUACUUGUGGAGAACUACAAUGAAAUCAUAAAGAGCCUCUGGGAAGAUUUGGCAAAUGUCUCCUCAAGGAUUUUGACCGAAGGAGACGAUGCAACCAGUCAAAGGACACAACAGGUUGACUUGGAAAAGCAAGAUCUAGAGAUGCAAAGAGUACAGCUUGAACAAGACAGACUAAAUCUGGAUCAAAUGGCUGACAGGAUGAAGAAAGACAAACAGGACAUGGAGGUACUGAUGGAUGACAUCCACAAGCAAACUGUCUUGAUGGAACAAGAGAAAGAAGAGAUCAAAGAGGAAAAGGACCAGAUGGAAAAGACAAGAAGUGAGCUCCAAACAAAGACAGAACAUGUCAACAGUUUGUUGGAUGAGAUCAACAGGGAGAAAGCUACCCUCAAGGAGCUGUCCCUCCAGGUUCAAUCAGAACGACAAAGACUUGAUGCUGUGGUGAAGGAGAUUUUCUUGAAAGAAAAAGCGCUGGAUGAUCAGCUCAGGGAGGCCAGCAGACAGACCCAAGAGCUGCAAACCAUGAAGAACAAGGUGCUUGCAGAAAGAGAUGAACUCCAAACUCUGAGGAACAAUGUUGCCUGGAAGAACCAAGAGGCGGAAGCUGCCCAGAAAGCCAUCAAUGAAGAGAAAGAAGAGCUGAGCCAGAAGAAAUCUGACAUUGAUCAAGAAAUACAAAAGCUUCUGAAUGACAGAGACCAACUGGAAGAACAAGGAGCUGAGCUCCAGAGGAGAGAGAAUCAAGUCAGGAAUGAAAUGCAGUCAGUCCAGACGAUGAUAUUGACACUUACAGCGUCUGGGCAAGAAGACAUUGGAGGAUGUGAAGAAGAAAAUGGACAAUUUGAACCAGGACAUGGACAAAACUUUACGUUUGCAGAAUGAAUUGGAACAACAGAUCGCAGAUGCUGAUGGCAAGAAAAUACUUGUGGAGAACUACAAUGCAAUCAUAAAGAGCCUCUGGGAAGAUUUGGCAAAUGUCUCCUCAAGGAUUUUGACCGAAGGAGACGAUGCAACCAGUCAAAGGACACGACAGGUUGACUUGGAAAAGCAAGAUCUAGAGAUGCAAAGAGUACAGCUUGAACAAGACAGACUAAAUCUGGAUCAAAUGGCUGACAGGAUGAAGAAAGACAAACAGGACAUGGAGGUACUGAUGGAUGACAUCCACAAGCAAACUGUCUUGAUGGAACAAGAAAAAGAAGAGAUCAAAGAGGAA